UUCAGACUUCCCCCCAAGUAUGUUUUUAUAAACAAACCACAUUUCUCAUCCGUCUGCUGCGCGAUUAGUCACGAAUGUGUCAAAUUGCUCCCUUUGUCGACUCUCUCUUUUUUUCGUAACAAAACAUAUAUUCUUUGGACUCGAUUACGUUUUGCAAAGAAACGCGGUACCGCAUGUCAUAAACAGAAGCCGUUUGUAUUGUCUUUAUUGUCCAAGACGUCAACGCGUGGUGGGCUUCUUGCUGUGAGCCCAAUUUACGCUUCGUACCGUUUUAGUCUUCUUUUUUUUCACCUGAUAAUCACAUUGAUCCACAGUGUGUUGGCAGAAAAGAGACUUGACAUCGGGAGAUAUGGUGAAGCUGACGAAAGCCAAGACGUUCCAGGCUUACCUGGACUCUUGUCACCGCCGCUACAGCUGUGUGCACUGCCGCGCCCAUCUAGCCAACCAUGAUGAUCUAAUCUCGAAGUCUUUCCAAGGGAGUCAAGGCAGAGCUUACCUCUUCAACUCUGUGGUGAACAUCGGCUGUGGUCCUGCAGAGGAGAGGCUGCUGCUCACGGGACUUCACGCAGUGGCUGAUAUCUACUGUGAAAACUGUCACACUACCCUGGGCUGGAAAUAUGAACAAGCCUUUGAAUUGAGUCAGAAGUACAAGGAAGGAAAGUACAUCAUCGAGCUGUCCCACAUGAUAAAAGACAACGGCUGGGACUGAGCGGGAAGUCUUCAUUGUUCUCCAUGACUUUUGUUUUCCAAGUUGCAUCCCCUCGUCUUAGCAGGGCUCCAGUGUAGCUUCCCUCAUCCCGCGUUGGACCCGUCGCUGUGCCACACUUUCACUCUCCAUGGCUUGGCCAUGAAUAGCAUGUGAUGCCUUAUCUUCCUCCUUUCUUUGUGUGUUUUCCAGCAGCCACAGCAAGGUUUCUGAUAAUGCAAUCCUAAUUGCUAGUUGUGCUUGGUGUAGGUGAGAAUGACUGUAGGGUUGGUUGGUUAUUGGAUUUUUAGGCGUGUGUUUGAGUGAUGAACCUCUUACCAGUGAUCUAUAAUCAAAGUAGGGUAAAAGCCGGUGCAAGUCAUGCAAAAGUGACCCCACCCUAAGUUUACAAUGCCGUUUUAGAUACAUCUGGCCAAGGUGCAGAUUCUACAAAUGAAAAGAUGAAGCAGCAUUUAUUUUUUAACAAUUAUGAUCAUUUCUGUUUUUACAUGAAGAUAGUAACCUCAGAGUGUCACAAAUACAAGUUGGUGAAUAGUAAUGGUAAUCAUGCCCAUGCACAUUCCCUGCAGGCAAUUUUAAACCUGAACUAUCUUCUGCUUUUAGGUAUGUGAGUCUGUGCGUACAUGUGAACCUGUUUAUUCAGCUCUGUGGGAAAUUUGGGAGGCCAAAGAGCACAUAUUCAGUCAAGUGUGGGCGUGUCAAUAGCAAAACUGGCUCUCUGGUAGGUGUCAGAUGCUUGAAUUUGAUCAUUUGAUUUGGAGUCAAUGUGUCUCACAGGGAUUGAAUUUCAAGUUUGUUUGCAGUGUAUGCCUGGAGUUUUACCUGCACAAUUAGGAUAUCCACUGCUUGCUGACAUUUUAGAGAUCAAGCCUCUUGUGUUUGUGUGCAGUGUAACACUUGAGAGGCCCUUGCAGCUCCAUUUACUCAAUCAUGUUUGAGCAAUGCGUGAUUAGAAUUAUAGCAUAUUUAUGGUGAUUUUUUUAUUGUCUGCUUCUUUUCAUUAAAGCAUAAUUUUAAUCUGAUCUUUCAUUAAAAUACAGUCCAUCUGUAA